CAGCGACUGAUCCACAUGUAACAGAAUGGAGUGUUUUGUCAGUAAAUAGAAGAGGGGCUGUUUGAAGACCUGUUCGGGUUGUUGUUUAAAGGCUCUAAUAGAAACCAGUAGAAAUGUCUCUGUUUCUGGUGAACAGGUAUCUUGGAGACGAGGAGGAUGAUGUCACAUCCAAGGAGUCCCAUUCACAGCAGUUGUUAAACAAACUGCAGCAGAAGGUGAAGCAGAAGCAGAGACAGAGUUUAACAGAACAAAGACAUGGGAUUAUUGAAGAAACCAAGGAGCAUCAGGAAGAAACCAGCAAAGAUGAGAGACCAAAGGAGGCAAAGCAUCAACGCGACAAGAGGAAAACACAAGAUGCAGCUUUGUGUGAUUCUGUUGGAAAAAAGAGAAAAAAAGAUGCUAAUAGGAAGCAGAAGAGUCAACAGUCAGUGCAGGCAGAGGUGAUCCCGGCCAUCUUGGACGGAGCUAAACAUGGCCUACUGAUGGGUAGAGGAGGUCACAGACCCAGGGAUAUCUGUGUGUCCGCUCCCACAGGCAGCGGCAAGACGCUCUCAUUUGUCAUACCUGUGAUCCAGGCGCUGAUGGAGCGGGUGGUGUGUGAAAUCCGGGCUCUGGCGGUGCUUCCAACCAAAGAGCUGGCCCAGCAGGUUUACAGAGUGUUUGCAUCGUAUGCUGAAGGAACGCCCCUCAGGGUGGCGCUGCUGGUGGGUCAGAGGUCACUGGCUGCAGAGAGCGCGUCACUGUCAGAGCAAAGGUGCUUUGUUCCCAUGUCAGUGCAGGCAGAGGUGAUCCCGGCCAUCUUGGACGGAGCUAAACAUGGCCUACUGAUGGGUAGAGGAGGUCACAGACCCAGGGAUAUCUGUGUGUCCGCUCCCACAGGCAGCGGCAAGACGCUCUCAUUUGUCAUACCUGUGAUCCAGGCGCUGAUGGAGCGGGUGGUGUGUGAAAUCCGGGCUCUGGCGGUGCUUCCAACCAAAGAGCUGGCCCAGCAGGUUUACAGAGUGUUUGCAUCGUAUGCUGAAGGAACGCCCCUCAGGGUGGCGCUGCUGGUGGGUCAGAGGUCACUGGCUGCAGAGAGCGCGUCACUGUCAGAGCAAAGAGGGAGUGUCAGGCGCACUACGGCAGACAUAGUUGUUGCUACUCCUGGUAGACUGGUCGAUCUCAUCAACAAAAGCUCAGGAUUAUGUCUGGAUCAUCUACGCUUUCUGAUAAUCGACGAGGCGGACAGGAUGAUGGACAGCAUGCACCAGUCAUGGCUCAGCCAGGUGGUGAGCGCCGUGCACCGCUCGCCACCUGGAAGCCAAGGCAGAGCCAUCUUCAGGAGAACAAACCCAGCCUGCAUCACAGCAGCCAGGUGGUUUGGAGAGAAGGACGAUGGAGAGAACAGAACAGUGCAGAUCAUGAACUCCGGGGAAGAUGUCACCACCAUAGAUAAGGGUUUCAAACAUAAAAGGCGCUGGGCAUGGCUGGAGGAGACGGGGCCUGUUGAUGUUUGCUGUCUGACUCCUCUGCAUCCCUCUGUGUUCAGACUCCACCGCUUGGUGCAGCUGUUUGGUGGAGUUCAUGUAGCCGAGUUCUCCUCGCGACUCUCUCCUGGUGAGAGGAAAAGCACCCUGAAGGACUUUGAACAGGGGAAGAUCCAGCUGUUGAUCAGCACAGAUGCAGCUGCCAGAGGGAUCGAUAUAAACGGGGUCAAAUGUGUUCUCAAUUAUGACGCCCCGCAGUACAUAAGGACCUACGUACACAGGGUUGGAAGGACAGCGAGGGCUGGAAAGUCUGGACUGGCCUUCACCUUUCUGCUGAGAGUUCAGGAAACCAUUUUCCUUCAGAUGGUGAAGGAUGCAGGAAGUCCCGGGAUCCAGAAGCAGAUCAUUAAACCGGAGAGUCUAAAGGGGAUGGAAGCCCGCUAUGAGGAGAUCCUGCAGGAGCUGGCUGAUGUCAUCAAGGAGGAGAAAUCAAGACGUUGAAGCGUCUAGUUUUCUAUUCAGGGAACUUCAGCCAUCCUCGGAACCGUUUUUUCUUAUGCUUUUCCAGAUAUGAUGAUUCAGCAGUUUAAGUUACUGAGUGGAGAUAAAGGAUACUUAGCUUUUAGCUAACAGAAUAAAAGCUCAUAGAAAUACUGUCUGUGUUUUCCUCUUUCUUCCCUGGCAUCUAAAAACACUGCUUAC